AAAUCGCGCCUUUUACCGAUAAGUGAGGGAUGUUGUGCACCUUUUGCAAUGAUUGUAACAUAACCAGCGCGUUGGUGGUAAACUGAUUUAAUUCGCACGCUCUAUUUCCGAUCAGUAACAACUCAUGCCGUUUUUGGCAAUUAAUGAAAAUGAUUGCGAUGAACAUGAUAUAAAGAAUCUGUGAGCUUUUAUCGAUUAAGAAGGAAAUGCAGGCAACAUGCCGCAUUGGACAAAAUUUGGUCGUGACAAUCUCAAGCUAAGCAACGGCAUCGAUUUGUUGUAGACGUCCAGUCGCAACGCUGCUGGCUCGUGAGCUCUCGUAAUAAAGUGUGGGCGUGGCUAUAGUUCAUAGUGACUCUGACUUUGAAAUUGAGCCCAUGCACUUGCUGACAGAUGCAAUAUGGUUUUUGAGUCAAUUGUUGCAGAUCUGUUAAAUAGAUUUGGAGGACAAUAUGUUGAAAAUUUAGACCAGUCCCAAUUGAAAAUUGGAAUAUGGGGAGGUGACAUUGUUCUUAAAGAUUUGAAUCUAAAACCUACUGUCUUAGAUGAAUUUGACCUACCUAUCAGAGCAACAUUUGGUCAUGUAGGCAAGUUUGUACUGAAAAUUCCAUGGACCAAUAUCUACAAUGCUCCUGUCAUUGGAACUAUUGACAAGUUAUAUAUUGUUAUUGUACCGAAAUCGCAAAUUGUAUAUGAUGCUGAAAAGGAAGAAAAAGCAAAUCAGGAAGCUAAACAAGCUGCACUUCUCCAGAUUGAAGAAGCCAAGAAAAGGGAAAAGGAGAAAGAUAAACCAAAAGCACCAGAUACUUUUGUGGAGAAACUUGCAACACAAAUAAUUAAGAAUGUGCAACUAAAAUUAUCAGAAAUUCAUAUUCGAUAUGAAGAUAAUUUCAGUGUACCAGAUUCUCCCUUUUCUCUGGGAAUUACUUUGCAUGACAUAUCAGUUCAUUCAACAGAUGAGAAUUGGAAGAAAUCCCUUGUACCAGAUGCUGCUUUGACCAUGAUAUACAAGGUAUUGGAAUUGCGAGGAUUGUCUUUGUAUUGGAAUUGCAAGACAGAAUUCUUCUCUCGUGAGAAGCCAGAAGUGAUGAAGGCAAAACUUGCUGAAUCUACUACAAAACAGAAUCCUAAAAAUCAGUACAUUUUGGCACCCAUUAACCUGAAGACUCAGUUGCGGAUUAAUCCAAAGCCUGAAAAUGAUGGAAGUAAUUAUACAAUUCCAAAAAUUUUGUUGGGUGUUACUCUGCAGAAGUUAUCGUUAGGUUUGAGCAAGACUCAGUUUCGAAAUCUUAUUAUACUUGUGGAGUCUAUCGGUGCAAUGGCACGAGCUGCUGGUUUCCGAAAGUAUCGUCCCAAUGUUCCUCAUCUUGGUCAUUCAAAGGAAUGGUGGAAGUUUGCUUACAAAUGUGUUCUUGAGAGUGAAAUAAGACGUCGCAGAGAUAAUUGGAAUUGGAAGCACAUGCUUGCCCAUCGUAGUUUAUGUCGUCGCUAUGCACAAGCAUAUCGUACAAAACUCCAGUCACGUAAAUUACCUCUACAAGUUACCCAGGACAUUGCAGAAUGUGAGAAAAAACUUGAUGUUUUCAACAUUGUACUUAUUCGACAGAGUGUGGAAAUGGAGAGUCAGUUGAUGGAAAAUAAUGUCAAACCACCUCAUUCCUCCGAAUUGCCUAGUAUGACUCAUUAG